UGCGACCGGCCGAACGAAGAAGGGCUAACGGGAUCAACCUGGCCUGGGAAGGGUUCGUCCAUCGAUCUAUCGUCGUCGUCCUCUCAAUUUCUCGUAAUACCCCCGUCUCUUUCUCGGAGCGUUCUUUUCUUCUCGUAGAAGUCUCGAACUUGGUGGAACGAAGAAGGCAUGGCUUCCGUCGAUCUAAUCAGAUCUUGCCUCGACUCCAUUCGCCAGAUUUCGGAUCAGGUUGCAGAGGCGAUUCUUUAUCUAGAUGCUGGCUGUUUAGAGGCCUUUCAGUUUGUUGGAGCAUUCCCUCUGUUAUUGGAGCUUGGAGUGCGUGCUGUUUGCAGCUUGGAAAACAUGUCUCCUCCAGAAAUUAUAGUGGAUUGGAACUCAACUUCCAUGGAUCCUGCUAGGAAGAUUGUAAUUAUCACCUCACAUCUCCUCAGCGAUGCACAUCGGUAUAUAUUGCGUUGCCUGGCUACUCACAGGAUGGUUCUUCAGUGCACUAUUUUUACAUCUAUCUCAGAGAUUUCUCACUCAGCAUAUGUUGAUUCACCCCUGGGACCUGACGCUUUUCGUGAAUAUGAGUCCUUGCUUCUCCAAGACUAUGAAGAGCUCGUGAAAAAGACUGGAAAAAAGGGACUUCACUCUCAUCAGCAAAAUGAAAUCAGACAGUCUACAAAAAGUGACCACCAGGAGAAAUUGGUUUCUGAUGAUGACAGCUUUUCACAGCUAGCAUCCACUGAAGGAUAUGAUACUAAAUUUGAAGCUAGCACUGCUAGAAGGCAUAUAUGUGAUGAUGACUCCAUUAAUUGUACAGAAGCAGAAGAUGGUUCUACUAGACUGCGUGUUACUGUGGAUCACUUCCCUAUGGUCCUGUGUCCUAUUUCACCAAGAGUUUUUGUUCUGCCUUCAGAAGGAACAGUUGCAGAAGCAUGCCUGUCAAAUGACCAUGAAGAUUCUCUUAGUCCUGGAUUGCCGUCCAUUUGUACAGGACUUCCUUCUGAUGGUGAAGAUUUUCCUCCUGGAGCAACACUGAGUGCUCAUUUUCUUUACCAUUUGGCUGCUAAGAUGGAUCUGAAGUUGGAAAUCUUUUCUUUGGGUGAUACAUCAAAAAUGAUUGGCAAAAUUUUGACAGAUAUGUCGAGCCUAUAUGACGUUGGUCGUACCAAAAGAUCAGCUGGCUUAUUGCUUAUUGACCGCACGCUUGAUCUUCUUACACCUUGCUGUCAUGGCGAUUCAUUUUUUGAUCGGAUGUUUGCCUCGUUGCCACGCAGGGGAAGGACUUCAGCCUCUUUCCCUGCAAAAAGCUCUCAAAGUUCCAACAGGCUUGCACCUACUUAUGUACAACGUGUUCCACUUGAUAUAAAAAUACCCUUUGGAACAAUUUUCAGCAAGGAUGAACCUGCAAUGAGCAGCACUCAGCUAUCCGAAAGCUUUGGAGCAUUUGCCGCAGGCUGGAACUCUGGUGAAGUUGGCUUCGAAGCUGAUCUAGUUGAUGUUGCGGACAAGGUUCACGCUAACAAUGUGGACCAUGAAUUUAGUUCGCUGUGCGGGUCCUUUUUGUCCACUUAUACAGGAGUGAAUUACUUAGAAGCAUUACUUGAUAGAGGAGCGAAAGAUGGGGCCAUCCUGAUAAAGAAGUGGCUUUUGGAAGCUCUGCAGCAUGACAAAAUACCUCUAAACUUAAAAGGUCACCUGAAUUUGAUUUCAGAGCUUCAUGCUUUGGUUAAAAAGUUGGCUCCAAAUCAGAUGUCUCUUAUACAAAACAGAGGCAUCAUCCAGCUGGCAUUAGCUGCUGAAAUUGCAUUAAGCGAGCCUCAUGGCUCCCGUUGGGAUGCAUUUGUGAGUGCUGAGAGAAUAUUGACCGUAAGUUCUGUAGAUACUACUCAGAGUCUUUCGAGUCAAAUCCGUGAUUUGAUCAAUACAAGCAUUUUAUCAAGAUCAAUGGAAGCAUCCCAGGGUGUUCUCUCUUUUCAUGAUGCUUUACUUCUAUCAAUGAUUGGAUAUAUUUUGGCUGGUGAACAUUUUCCAACAUCUGUGUCUAGCAGCCCCUUUUCUUGGGAAGAGGAGCAUUCCCUGAAAGAAGCUAUAGUGGAUGCUAUCCUUGAAAAGCCAUCAUCAGCAAAAUUUCGGUUCCUCCAUGGUCUAGAGAAUGAACUUGAGGCUACUUCUAAGAAGGGGGAACCUGUGAUGCAGGAGGAUACUCUUGUAGAGUCACCAAAAAUUGAUGAUUUUGAUGAUCAAUGGGGUAGCUGGGAUGAUGAAGAUACGGACAAUCAACAUGAACAAGCAUAUGGGGACAUGCAGCUUAAAUUGGAGUUGCGAGACAGGGUUGAUCAACUUUUCAAGUUCUUCCACAAGCUGGCCAGUUUGAAGUGGAGAAACCCAACUCUCAAAGAAGGGCUGGUAGCAUCAAAUAGAUAUGGAGGUGAUCCUUAUACUAGGAAAAGUUUGCUCUAUAAGCUUUUGGUCACUAUAUUGGCAAAGUAUGAUGUACCUGGACUGGAAUAUCACUCCUCGGCAGUUGGACGGUUCUUCAAGAGUGGGUUCGGUAGAUUUGGCCUUGGCCAGGCAAAACCAAGUUUUGGAGACCAAAAUGUUCUUCUCAUUUUUGUUGUGGGGGGCAUCAACAGUCUUGAGGUUCGGGAAGCUAUGGAGGCAGUUUCAGAAAAUAGUAGACCAGAGAUAGAGUUGAUUCUUGGUGGCACAACCCUUCUAACCCCAGAUGACAUGUUUGACUUGCUGUUGGGCUCUUCUAGCUACAUUUGAUUCUGCUGCACAUCGUUGGAAAAGAGAAUUAGAAGUGCAAUCUAUCUGCUGUUGUGUGAGAUCAUACGUAUCUCAUGUGAAUAUGUUUCAGGUGAUGACUGAGCCCAUCGUCACUUCAAAUGAAUUUCAUGUGCAUUUUUGCAGGAGACAAUUAGUGGAUUAUCAAUUCAAGUGUCAAAUGCAAAUUUGCACUAAGCACCUUGCAGUACAGGAUGCCUGUUCCAGAGUUUCAAAAAAUGAUUGUAUGAUAUAGAGAAUUUUACAUUCUGACGAGCCUCAAGUUGCGGUUAUAGUCCAGAAGGAGAAACAGAUUAUAAAUGUUCAAUGCACUACAAAAUGUGGUGGUUCAGAGGAACUGAUUUCUAUGACCACUCUUUGGAGGGAGCUUGAUUGAUAUUCAAAUAUCAAGUAAGCUAAUGGAAGCAUUUUGCUACUUUUAAAAAAGAUUUUAUUUACUAGAUCAAAUACGUGCAAAAAAAAAAAAAAAAAAUCCUUCAUGAAGCAGCGGGUGCGUUGGCCACCUUUUUGGAAACUUCUUUUGAAAUAUUAUGCGGAUAAUGCUUUACGGAAUAGGAGAGGGAAGGUUUCAGUCUUGUACUUCUCAUGAACGUGGAUGCUGCUGAGGUUAACUAUUAUCCAUUUUACCUUCGACAUGGAUUUUUGUGCUGUAGAUGGUGGAAAAAUGGCAGCCUUCUAGGUGCUGGUUAUCUACAAUUGUGUCCAGGUCAGUCUAAAUGAUUCUAUUCAUUUUUUGUACUUGAUUGCUGGGGUCAAUUGAGUGCACUGUAAACAGGAAUGCUUGAAAUUACCCUCUGCUAAUUUUGCAGUCAAAUGCUGGGUAUAACUAUUGUUAUGUAAAGCUGUUCGUGAAGUUGUUGGUUCAAAUGUGCAUGAACACCAGGUCUUAUGUGUAUUCAUAUACCAAUUUUUUUUCACUUACAAUGCCGUAUUAUCAAAGUCUUUUUACUACGGGAGAU